GGAAACGUUCGGUUGUUUCAGUCCUGGGCGAACCGAGCCAGCGUCGAGUUGGUUCUUUUGAUUUGCUCUCCGAGAUUCAUCACUGUUUUAGUCGCGUCGGUGUUGAAUAAUUCGAUUCAAAUCGAAGUGAAAAUGUUACUCCUCCUGCCCAUGCAAAGCUUCUACUCGCAGUGGAUUAGUCUCAUUGGAUUCAACUGGACGACGUGGUUCGUGUUGGCGUCGUGCGCCGUUCUCGCCUGGAUUUGUUGGCGCAAUUCACGAUACGUUCGGCUCAUCAACGCCGUCCCGGGACCCAAAGGGAUCCCGAUCCUGGGCAACCUCCUGGAACUCAACGUCGGUCAAGUCGAAUUCUUGAGGAUCGUCCAUCGUGAAUGGGUGGAAAAACACGGACCCAUUUACCGCGGUUGGGCAGGCUCUCGUUCCAUCGUUUGCAUCUCCUCUCCGGAGUUGAUGGAGCCGAUUCUGGCCAGCCAGAAACUCAUCACCAAAGGCAAGGAAUACUCUUACCUGAGCAGGUGGCUAGGCGCUUGCAUGUUUCUGACGACAGGACUGCGAUGGAGAAGCCGUCGCCGACUGCUGACCCCGGCUUUCCAUUUUCAGAUUUUGGAGAGUUUCUUUGACGUUUUCAACGAUCAAAGUCACCAGCUGAUCAAGGAACUGGACGCAGCUGCUGCCGCCCGUCCCGCCGCGUCCGUCGACGGCUCCGUCAACGUCUACAAGAUACUGACGCAGUGCGCACUGGAUAUUAUCUGCGAUUCGUCAAUGGGCCGACAGGUGAGGAAACGGGAAGAAACCAGCGGCUAUCUGCAUUCCAUCAACAGGAUCACACAGAUAGUUAUGGAAAGGAGUCUGAGACCUUGGCUAGACAGUGACCUACUGUUUAACCUUUCGGCACUGGGUCGCGAGAAUCAGCGUUGCGUCAAAAUCCUCCACGAUUUCACCAAUCAGGUGAUCCAGGACCGCAAGCAAAUGCUCAACAACAAUCAGAGUGACGACUCUGUCGACCAUGUUAAAUCACAAGAAGAAUCCCCAAAAAGGAGAUUAGCUUUUCUCGACCUGUUGAUUCAAGCGUCGGAGAAUGGCGACAAGCUGAGCGAUGACGACAUCCGCGAAGAAGUGGACACCUUCAUGUUUGCCGGACACGACACGACGGCGACGGCCAUGAGUUGGUUUCUCUACUGCAUCGCCAGAAAUCCGGAAGAGCAGAAACUGUUGUUCGACGAAGUGGACGAGGUGUUUGAGGACAGCGACAGGCCGUGCACGCCGCAAGAUGCGGCCAACCUCAAGUACCUCGACUGUUGCAUCAAAGAGACUCUGAGGAUGUACCCCAGCAUCCCGGGAGUGAUGAGGACCAUCACGGAAGACACAGAAAUCGGCGGAUUUGUUUUGCCAGCUGGAUUGUCGGUGGCUCUGCUCAUCUACGGAAUGCAUCGCAACCCCAAAGUCUAUCCAGAGCCGGACACAUUUAAACCGGAGAGGUUCUUACCCGAGCAAAGCGCCAACCGCCACCCGUACGCCUUCAUCCCAUUUAGCGCGGGACCGCGCAAUUGCAUCGGACAAAAGUACGCUCAAUUCGAACUGAAAGUGGUCUUGUCGUGGGUGUUGCGCAAAUUUGAAUUCUCGCUGGCCGACCCGUCGUGCCCGGCCGUGAGCGCCUCCAGCGAGAUCGUGCUCAAGCCGGUGGACGGCAUCCACUUGUCGGUCAAACCGCGCCAGCCCAAUCGCUCAGCAAUCGCCGCUUAAAAUAUCAAUAACAACACCAACACAAAAUUGCUAAAGGAAUUAAUCAUUGCGUAAUGUAAUACAGUUCGUGAUUGAAUUUGACCGGGCGGCAAUUACAAGUCUAAGGUAAAACCAAUCGAAUAAUAUCAAAGUGGCGCAUGACACAUUUUAUACAAGAGUCACAGAUCCCCUCAAUAUGCUUUUAUUACAUUUAUUAUAAGAUAUAACAUUUAAAAAAUACGUAUUUGCAUGUAAUAGUAUGUCAAUAAAA